AUGAAGGAAUUGUAUGAUGACGGAGACGCCAUGUUCUUUGCGAACAUUGGCAGGUUAGACAAACCAAUGACCAAAGCUGACUGGCUCCAGCAAACGCGCACAUCACUGUUUGCCCACAACACUCAACAACAGGAAUUGACGCGGCUUGAUAUUGGAAAAGAAUUGGAUCUCUCUGGUGUAGGUGGACGAAUGAUUGAUGUAUUGAAGGAGCUUGGAUAUCAGACAUCAUCCACCACCAUUGCUAGUCCCACAGCGUUUGCAACUGGAUCUCCAAAGAGAGCAAAUUAUGUCACAACAUUACCACGGGCCGAACCACUAGCUUUCAACAUGGUUGCUGAAACGGACGACAUGGACCAAUUGUUGAUUGAUUUGAAUAGUCUUGGAGAAAUCGACAGUAGCGUAUUCUUGGAGCAAUGGUCGUCCAAUCUGGUACAGGGAAUUGCGGAAUCAAGACUGACAGUCGAUAUUUUUCCGACCGACGGCAUUAGCAACAAAUUUGAGUCUGCUGCAACGUGGAUCAAGAGUCGUUCGGAACGCAAUGUUGAACGAGACUUGAUAUUCAUCCAGCAUCCUGGAUGGGACCACCACAAUAUGAAUGGGCAAAACAACCUGGAGACAAAGCUUCCAGAAUUGAUUGGUGCCAUGGCAGCUUUUGUGGAGGAAUUGAAAGCGCAGAAUGUUUGGGAUCAUGUGGUGAUCAUGUCUGGCUCUGACUUUGGCAGAACACUGACUCACAAUUCACGUGGUGGAACUGAUCACGCUUGGGCUGGAAACAAUUUCAUGAUGGACAGUGGUCUCCAAGGCGGUAUCAUCCAUGGGAAGUAUCCAACUGACUUUUCGGAAAAUGGCGAUUGGAAAAAUUGGGCGAGGUCGACUGAUCCCGACAUUGCCGAAUGA